AACAAAUUGAUAAGAUAUACAAAAAUGGUUUGCGAAAAGUGCGAAGCGAAGUUAACGAAAGUGUCGGCCCCAAAUUCCUGGAAAACUAGCACCGCUCCAGCCGGUGGACGCAAGAUAAAUGAAAACAAAGCCCUAUCCUCUGCCCGGGACCGAUACAAUCCCAUGGGCACGACCCUGGCACCUUGCCGCAUUUGCCGACAAAAUGUCCACCAGAUGGGAGCCCACUACUGCCAGUCGUGCGCCUACAAAAAGGCCAUAUGCGCCAUGUGCGGCAAGAAGAUUCUAAACACAAAGAACUACAAGCAGAGCUCAACGUGAUGCUGCAGUCCAUGGCCACACGGCACCGAGGAGUUUAUACUUAAGCAUAACCUAGUUAUAGACAACAGAAUAAUUAUGUAUAUCAGAUAGUAUCAACAAAUGCAUAAAUAAGUACAUCAAGCCUCUGUCGUUGGC